AUGGCAAAUUACGACUACUUGUAUAAAUUGCUGUUAAUCGGAGACAGUGGGGUCGGCAAAACCUGCCUUAUCAUUCGCUUCGCAGAGGACAGCUUCAACUCCACUUUCAUAUCGACCAUCGGUAUUGACUUCAAGGUGAAGACAAUAGAAGUUGAAGGGAAGAAAGUCAAACUGCAAAUCUGGGACACCGCAGGCCAGGAGAGGUUCAAGACUAUCACUACUGCCUACUAUAGAGGGGCCAUGGGCAUAGUCUUGGUGUAUGACAUCACAGAUGUGAAAUCCUUUGAGAACAUUCAGAACUGGCUGAAGAGCAUCAAAGAGAAUGCAUCUGCAGGGGUCAGUCGGAUGUUGCUAGGUAAUAAGUGUGACAUCGAAGCCAAAAGGAAGGUAUCCAAGGAGAGAGGGGAGAAGCUGGCAAAGGAUCAUGGGAUUCGAUUCUUUGAGACAAGUGCAAAGUCUAGCAUCAAUGUGGAGGAGGCUUUUAUCUCUUUUGCUGGAGACAUACUGUUGAAAUCAAAUAAAAAAUCGAGUCCCACAGGUUGCGAGGUCAAGCUGACAACUGCCGGGCAGAAAUCAUCCAAGUGUCUCUUACUCUGA